AUGGCAGCGCUAGAGAUCCAAGUCGAUUUGAUGAACUACUGUGAGUUUCCCCCGGCCUCCCACCCAACUCCUUGCUCUUUCUGUUCAGUGUGUUCUAUCGCGACCGCGACCGCAACCGGCGUCGGUCUUUCCGUCGCCUGUACCAUUGGCCACCGUGGAAAUGCGCGGCAAAAGGACAAAUCGAUGCGAUCGCAACGUGGCAAAAAGGACAAAUCGCAGAGAAGCAAGCGCGGAAAGAAGGGCGCCUCGCAGAGAAGUCAGCGGAAGAAGAAAGCUCCGAGCAAGGAGCCGGCGAAGAAGGCGUCGGCGGAGCAGGAGAAGAGCGCCCGCUCCAAAGCUGCUGCGGCCGACAAAAGCGGACGGUCAAAGAAGCCGGACGGGAGCAAGAAGAGCGCGCGGGGCACCAAGAAGGACGCGAGCAAGAAGAGCAAGAAGAGCCAGCGCGACAAAAAGAAGGACGCGAGUGCGAAGACGAAGAAGGCCAGUGCUGAGAAGCCGAAGAAGGUGGGCUCUUGAUAGGGAUGUGCGGCAUUUCCGCUUUGUUUUCAGGAAGAGGAGAACGAGAAAUUGGCCCCAGCUUCUGCGCCUCCAUCCGCUCCCCCAUCGACGCCUCCGGCUGCUUCGACUCCGGUGUCUCCUGCUCCAGCUCCAGCCGAACCACCGGCGGCCUCCACUUCCACAAUGACGGCCGUCGCGGGAGGACUGCCCGUCGAACCGCCGAAAGAGGCGCCGAUCGCAACGAACAACGGCAUCGUGACGCCCGACCGUCCGGACAGUGUGAUGGUCGAUUUGGUGGGCGGACCGGGCGGCGGAAAUCCGGCCGACAAGAGUCAUCGCAUCUACGGAAGCGCCGGAGAGGCCGCCGCUGCCGAGUACGCGACUUUGAAUCGAAAAUGAGAAUGCGGUUCGGAUUUUCAGGGCGAAGAGACAGGCGGAGCUGGACAGAAUGAAGCCGAAGGAGCAGAACGUGGACAUCGGCGCGUCGCAGUACAUGAAGUGA